CGCGGCUGCUGCGCUUCUGCUGCUGCUGGAUCUAAUUUCAUAGUCGAGCUCUGCUCGUGACGAGACGCGCGGUGUUAGUUAGUUAGGGCUAGCUAUAUCAGCGUGUGGCGCGAGUCUAUCUCUCCCUCUUUCUCUCCAUCUAUUUCUCUCGUUCUGUCUCUCCUUCUCUCUUCUCCGUGGCUCUACCCUCAGCAGCAGCGGCGGAGGUCCGGCUGGGCUCCGUUGAUUGGUGUUUUCCUCGUUUCUCCCUCUUUCUUCUCUGAGGGAAGUGAGGCGACGCUGGAUUUGUUAGCUAAAGCUACUUCUAACAAAAGCGAACCGCCCUCAGAGAGAGAGAGAGGGAGAGAGAGAGAGUGUGUGUGAGUAAGAGAGAGAGUGUGCGUGAGUGAGAGAGAGAGAGAGAGAGAGAAAGAGAGAGAGAGAGAGCGCACGCGGCUGCUCACUUUACGAAGACCGGGGGGGAAGCCUGGGCUCGCACCUCCUCUUGUUGCAUGGUGUGUGUGGUGGCGGUGUUUUUGGACGAGCUGAAGCGGGUCGACCAAUGCAGAAAAGGGAGAAAAGUUUCGGUAAGAGCUUCACUCUCUCCUUUUUCAGGUAUACAAAUGCUCUCCGUCCAGCCGGACACGAAGCCAAAAGGCUGUGCCGGCUGCAACCGGAAGAUCAAGGACCGCUACCUGCUGAAGGCCCUGGACAAGUACUGGCACGAGGACUGCCUCAAGUGUGCCUGCUGCGACUGCCGCCUGGGCGAGGUGGGCUCCACGCUCUACACCAAAGCCAACCUCAUUCUGUGCCGGCGGGACUACCUCCGGUUGUUUGGCGUGACGGGGAACUGUGCGGCCUGCAGCAAGCUCAUCCCAGCCUUUGAGAUGGUCAUGAGGGCCAAGGAGAACGUCUAUCACCUCGACUGCUUCGCCUGCCAGCUCUGUAACCAGAGGUUUUGCGUUGGAGAUAAAUUCUUCCUGAAGAACAACAUGAUCCUGUGUCAGACGGACUACGAGGAGGGCCUGAUGAAGGAAGGCUACGCCCCGCAAGUCCGCUGACCCCCGCACAACCCUUUUCAUCUGCAGGGGGUGGGAGAGAGAGCUGAGAGAGGACCUGAAAGAGGACAUGCAAUCAGACACCAAAAGCUCUAGCAUCCUCUCCAGCCCCUGUCCUUGAUAAUGUACAUAAGAAAAGCCCGGUUAAGGGGCACAGCUGUACAGAAUAGCCAUAGAGACUUUUUGUGAGUGGGAAAAGAAGGGGGUUCUCCUGAGCCCUGCCAUCCAAGAGCAAAGUCACGGUGGUCAUGGACGUUGCUGUAGUUCUUUUGAAAAAGACCCUGCCUCUCCCUUGCCCCACAUGGCCUUACGGAGACAGUUGGCCCCUUGGCCUGGUGCCUCAGCCACACACACACACGUACACAUAUACGCACACACCCUCUCUGUCCCUUUCACACACAUACACACGUAUACAUCCAACCCUGCAAAACGCAGCCACUCUCCAAGACCCCUCUCCAAAUCACAAUGACCCCAUUUCACUCCCUUCACAGGCUGAGGACCACAGAAAAGGGAAAAAAAAUGAGAAAACAAUCAAGGAAUUGAUUGGUGAAAAGGCACGAGUAUGGUAUGGCCGUGAGAGAGGGAGCUGUGUCAACAUAAGAUCUCAGGUUGAGUGGGUUUCCUUAUUUCUCUUUUCUAUUACUUUUCUUCUCUUUUCCCUUUGUGAGAAAAAAAGCGAUAGGCAGUCAUCCCUAGCCCCGUCCAGCUGAGCACUAUUCAGCUCUCCCUAUGACUUUCGACCCUUCCUAUCCCCCCGCCUUUGACUCUUUCUUAUGGAUUCAGCAGAUCCGCCUGGGAUGCCUACACUCUGUGACACAGUUGCAAUUAUCAAGUACAAUUAUAACAUAUUCUGAUAAAAUAAAAAUAAAAUAAAAACAUCUGCCUGCUUUGUAUCUUUAAACUCGGCCUCCAAAAGUGACUCAAACAUGAAAACAUGGAGGCAGGUGAUGGGAGGUAGGGAGAUAUAUGCCAGAUCAUUCAUUGUCUGUCAGGACACUGAGGGGAUUUGACACUAGGGAGUUUGUGAGGUGAGGGGUGGGUCUGAUUAACCUCUUUUAUAUACUGUAUUUAUUUGAUAGUUUCUUUUCUUUUCUUUUCUUUUUGUCAUUGUGCAUUGUACUGAGGCUUUGUCCUUGGCAUGUUUAUACUUGAAUUCGAUCACUGUCCGGUUGCUGAGCCUCACAAGUGUUGCCUCAUUAGCCGCACGCUGAAUGCAACACUUGUUCUAACUUGAAAACCAAGUUGGGUCAAGCAAGAAUCAAGAUGGAGGAGUUUGUUGUACCUCUGAACUCCUGGCUUGAAGGGGUUUUUGUGUCCCUUUAGCCACGUGUUUGGCUGUUGGCUCAAGGCGACCAGCUAAGUGCUAAGUUAUUUACUACAAGAUACUACUGUACCAAGCUUCAGCAGCAUCCCUCCGACAGACUUCAGUUAAACUGAGGGCAAAGCCAAGAGAAAAGACGAAUAUGAUUUGUAAAUGGUCGUUGUACAUAUUUGAAAAAAAACAAACAAAAUAAAAGUAUUCCUUUUUGCUUGCUAUUAUAUAAUGAUUUUCUUUUUAUGUGUCACUCAGCAUGAGAUGUUUAUUUUUAGGACACGUGUACAUACUGUAUUGUAAUCAUUUUAAUCACAAAUGUAAUACAGUUUUAUUGUGUUAA